AUGGGCAGCACCUUCCGGAUAUUGGGGCUCCUGAGUGCCAAGCUUGUGCCCCAGCUGAUGACCUGCUCUCAGUUCCCUGUGUUUCUUUUUGAGUUCGCCCUGGCAGUACUGCACCGACGCUCUGAGGCUAUGUCAGCGGAACUCGACCUGUGUCCCCCUGAACCCUCAGGAUCGCCUCGCACGAACCCCCGCGGGCCGAUGGCGUCUCUGAACGACCUGCCGGACUUGGUGCUGCUGGAGAUCCUCUCGCUCCUCCCGGUGCGCGAGCGGGUCCGCAACGCCAGGGUCUGCCGCCGCUGGAAGAGCCUCGUGCACGACCCCUUGAUGUGGCGACACGCCGACCUGCGCCUCCGGGAGGUGCAAUUCAAGAUAAUCUGGUAUGUCCUCCGCCGCUACAUAAAGUUCAACCUGCAGUCGCUGUACCUGCAGGGCUACGUGCAAUCGCACCCCAGGUGCCGUUCCACGCUCCAUAGUAUUCCGCCCGAGUUCUUCAAGGUGCUGGGCAAGAAGUGCCCCCACCUGCAGCGCCUCAGCAUCCGUUUGGCUGAACUGGUCUCCAUUCCCAUGGCCAGCCUGCCUCGCACCCUGCGCCGGCUGGAGAUUCACAGUUGUGACAUCUGGAUAGAUUGUAAGGAGGACGAGGGCGCGCUGCCUCACCUGGAGCAGCUGGUGCUGGACCACAUGCCCACCUUCCAGGACCACUACCUGAGGCGCCUCACUUGCUUCCCCACACUGCGCUCUCUCAUCCUAUGUGGCACCUACUGGAUCAGUCAGGAAGGGCUAGACAGAGGCCUCCGGGAGCUGAGCCACCUGCAGAGGAUCGAGGUGCUGGGCAGCCUCAUCUCCACUGACAGUGUCCUGCAGGCCAUCAGCCGCCACCUUCGGGAUGUGCGCCAUAUCCGGGUGACUGUUGGGACCCUCACAGCCACAGGCCUGGAGGCGCUGGAGGGGCUCCCCAAGCUGGCCAGCCUCAGUCUUCUCUCGACAUGUAGCACUGGUGAAAUGUGCCUGAUCCCAUUUGCUGCCCUUCUCUCCUCCUGCCUCACCUUGCCCCGGCUGAGGGUCCUGGAGCUGCAGGGGCAGGGCUGGGAGGGGCAGGAAGCUGAGGCGAUGCUGAAGAAAGAGUUGCCCCACUGUCGGGUCAUUGUUGGGGCACUCCCCCCCCAGACCACGGACUGGUGGAGGUUCAUCAGGAAUCCAAAAUAUUCCAACAAAUUCUCGCUGGAUUGUCUGUCCUCACCAUGGUUUGGAAACCGGGAUAAAUGGAUUACAGGUUUCCUCAAGGUACUAUUUCAGUACAGCCCCCACCUGCAUCGCCUGAACCGGCACAUGGCCCACCUGCUGCUCAUCCCGAUGGCCAGCCUGCCUCGCAUCCUGUGCUACCUGGAGAUGACAGAUGUGACAUCUCUGGUCUGGAUGGCACAUGAGGAGGAGGAUGGUGCACUGCCACACCUGGAGCAGCUGGUCCUAGACCAUGUGCACCUCAAGAUUGUCUGGCAUGUCCUCCACCACUGCAUAGGGUCCAGGCUACAGUGGUUGCUCCUGAAGGACUACCAAGUAUCGAGCACUUCAGUCUUCAUGAUGUUGCUGGACCUCUUCAAGGUGCUGGGCCAGAAGUGUUCCCACCUGCAGUGCAUGAGCCUGCACACGGCUCAUCUCCAUGGCCAGCCUGCCCCUCUCCUUGCACCGACUGGAGAUGCACAGCUGUGA